CAGUCGUUUCUCUGAUCCGAGGCCACCAUGCCUAGUGCAGCGGUUGCGGAGAAGAAUGCAGCAUGGGCGAGAUUGCUGCAACACCGCACGAGGGCGAACGAGGCACGAUACAAACGGGCGCGGAACAGACAAAACUCGAUUUUCCGGAGGAAAAAGCGCCAGCAGGAAGAUCGAGACCGUGAAGAGACGGAGGAACUGUACCGCGCUAAUAACGCACGAAAGUUCUAUGAGAAGUUGAACCGUUCACGUAAGGGCCACGUGCCACAGCCCGAUAUGUGUAAGGACAUAAACGGGAACCUUCUUACGAACGAGCGUGAGGUGAUCCAAAGGUGGCGGCAGCACUACGAAGAGCACCUGAAUGGCGAUAUGGCAGACAACGGUGGCGGUAUGGUAAUGAACCUAGGAGCACGCGCGCAGGACAUGCGACUUCCGGCUCCGAAUCUCCAGGAAAUCCAGGAGGAGAUCGGUCGGCUGAAAAACAACAAAGCCCCUGGAGUUGACCAACUACCAGGAGAGCUGUUUAAACACGGUGGUGAAGCACUGGCUAGAGCGCUGCACUGGGUGAUUACCAAGGUUUUGGGAGGAUGAGGUUCUGCCGCAGGAGUGGAUGGAAGGUGUCGUG